GCUGGCAGAAAGUAUUUGAGAUGACCCCAAACUCAUUUAAGAAGAGCCCUAUUUAUUUGUACUGGGACGAUUUGCCUAUUGAAAAGGUGGAAUUUUGGUUGAAAAAAAAAUCUGGUUAUAGAGCAUUCGUUUUCAAUGGAACAGGUACGAAUUCUACAUCAUGGUUCCAGAAAGAUAAACUCAUUGUAAAGCCGUGGAAUCCACACACCGUGACUUUCAAUGCGAAUUUCAGUUACCCGAACUUUACCAUUGCGAAUGACUACAGGAAGUUAGAAGUCAAAAGAGAAAGUGGAAAUAAUGAAACCUACGAUAUUUCUAGCAAAACGUACACUGGUUCUGUACAUACUUACGAAGCCAUGGUCAUCUCAGUGAUUUUGAAGUAGAAUAUAUAUUAUUCCAGAAACUGCAUAUUCUUACAUACAUAGAUACAUACAUACAUAGA